AUGAUCGAGCAAUUCUUGGGAACCUGGAAGCUGGAAUCCAGUGAAAAUUUUGAGGAAUAUAUGAAAGAACUGGGUGUGAGUGCCGCAAUCCGCAAUAUGGUGGAAUUAGUGAAGCCCAGCAUCAUUAUUAGCGUUGAUGGUGAUAAGGUGAUCAUCAAAACAGAAAAUUCUUUCAAAAAUACUGAGAUCGCCUUUGAGCUGGGAGAAGAAUUUGAUGAAACCACUGCAGACAAUCGGAAUGUGAAAAGCACAAUAACAUUAAGCGGUGGUUCAAUGAUUCAUGUCCAGAAAUGGCUUGGCAAAGAGACAACAAUCAAAAGACAAAUUGUAGAUGGAAAAAUGGUAGUGGAAUGUAUCAUGAAUAAUGUUGUCAGCACUAGAAUCUACAAAAAGGUAUGAAGAAAGUGUCUACAUCACUGAAAACUUGAUCACCCAUAAGAGACUGGAUUCGAAGAUAUACACGAGGUUCCGGAUUAAAAACAAAGGAGUUUAAAUUAA